GUCUCAGGACCGGUAGCCUGGGUGUGAACAGCAUCGAUCAAGGGAAGGAGCCAAACCGAUAGCUCGUUCCGAAUUUCUUCAUAUCAGCAGCAUGGCCUCCCGAGAAGCGGCAGCAUCGAAGGGCAAGGGCAAGGCCCCGUUUCAAGAUGGUGAAGCAUCCACUUCGGGCGACGAACACGAUCGAAUAGGGCCAAAUCAUGGCUCCAAGUGGGGUCCAAACCGCUCACGGGAAGACUCUGCUCAAUCUCCACCCGCAGCGGGUGACACGGGCGUAGACGACCCAGACGCGGAAGAUGAGGGACCGCCCCCGCUCCCAGACGAACCACCACCUUUGCCUCACGAAAAUACUAGCGAAGCGCAAGACGAAGGGCCGCCUCCACUUCCAGACGAGCCACCAUCAUUGCCCAGAGAAGAUGAAGAUGAGGCACCGCCAUUGCCAGAAGAGGAAGAGCCUCCUUCAGAAAGCCCCGGAGACGGGAGGCAACCUCAAGGGCAUCCAUGGCAAGCAGUUUGGGACCCGUCUCGAGGCGCGUAUUACUUUUGGAACUCGGCGACAAAUGAGACGACUUGGAUCAAUCCCUUGACCUCGUCGAGCUCAGCUCAACCUACUGCUGACGGUCAGCAGUUGCACGAGCCAGGCGCGCAAGCCGACGCCAGCGCCUCGUCAAAUGCAGCUCCGUCUCAGGGCGAGAUAUUCGAGCAAUUGACGGGAAUAGACUCAGAUUUGGCUUUCCUCGACCCCUCGCUAUCAUCAUCACUCUCAGCUGGCGCAGUCUCGGCAGGCGGAUCAUACCGUACCGUCGGGCACUUUGACGCUCGAAAGGGAAAAUUUGUUCCACAAGCACAGGCCACGCUGGGCGCUGGUGGGCAGUACGAUCCGACGCGCAUGACGCAUGCGUCCCAGGCGAAUCGGCAGAUGGAAGCUUUCUUCGACACGAAAGCUUGGCAGGAGGACUUGGAGAAAAGACGGAGGGAAGAGGAGGAAGAGAGGGAGGGCAAAAAGAGGUUGACGAAGAAGGACCUCGCCAGGUUCAGGGAACGGAAGAAGGAGAAGAAAGCCGCAAAGUAUGGCUGGCUGCGGUACUGAUUGCAACGAAGCGUGCCAUCUAUCGCAUGUGCGGAGUAGCUCAUUUACUGUAUCCCUACGAUCUCGCUGUUGUAUGC